CGAAUUGGUCUUGGUAUUGUUGUUAUUUCAUUUCUGGUUGCGACUUAUACUCUUCAUAUUCUACAACAAACAUUUCAUGUGAUAUUGUUUUUAUUGUCAAUUUUGAAUUAUCUCAAAUACCGAUUUCCACUCCGAUUCUCAUACUCUCAGCAAUCUUUACACAAAUAUGUUCGAGAUUUCAAUGUGGUUUUUAUGUCGAAAGAUGUCUUGUCUGUUUUAAUACAUAUAACCCAUGGUUUUACAUACUUUAGCGAGGGGAAUCUGCAAGUUUAUUCUAUUUGCUAUUUGGUAUUGUUUUUAUUUUUAAACAUUGCAAUUUCUUUGCUCACUCCAUUUAUCUAUAUUCCUAUCAUAUUGGAUAUGAGAAAAAAUAGCCGGCAACAUUCUCAGCAGCAUGUGUACCUACAUAACUACAUUUUCUUUCAGUGCAGUUUGGUUUUCCUAGUCAAAUCGGCAACUUUACCAUUUUUCUUUUCACAAGCAAACUUCGACUUCGCAGUGGGAUUCCUAUUACAAAUGUCGAUUGCUGAUGUUGUGACUACACCUCUGAUUAUUCAACUUUCGUAUUUGAGCUGUAACUUGCGUGAAGUACAUAGACUGUAUUCGGAAUUUGAUUUUCGAAAAUUUGUGAAAGUUGUAUUUUGUAAAAUGGAUAAUUCGGUGCAUCCCAAUACGGUUUCUAUUGCAUUUUCAAUUACUUGA